AUGAGACCAUCAUCAUUCAUGGGCCUUUGUGGAAGCGCUCUUAACUUAGCACAGCUUCUUCUAAUCGUUUGUCCUGCUUUCAUUCUAUUCGGAUACAAUCAAUCUAACCUGGGUGGAUUGGUUUCGGUAACGGAUUUCACGAAUCACUUUCCUCGGAUCGACACCGUGCACACGGAAGGAGAACAGAAGAGCUCAAAUGCUACGAUACAGGGCGUUGUGGUGGCAACCUUUACACUAGGAGCACUGUUUGGAUGCCUUUCCUGUUCAUAUACCAGCGACAGGUUUGGGCGUCGUAUAGUAAUACUUGCAGGGGCCAUCCUCACCGUGGUGGGGGAGGUCCUCGAAGCAUCUUCGUUCCAACUAGCUCAGCUCAUCAUCGGUCGAGUGAUCUUAGGUGCUGGCGUGGGGAUGUUGAGUGGUACAGUGCCUACCUGGCAGAGCGAAUGCUCUAGCUCCUCGAACCGCGGAAAGCACGUUGUUCUCGAUGGGCUUUUCAUCUCAAUUGGAUAUAUCCUUCAGGCUUGGAUCAACUUAGGAUUUUACCAAGUCAAAACUGGGUCAGCAUCUUGGCGGGCACCUAUUGCCAUCCCAAUCUUCUUUUCGCUUCUCUUAAGCCUUGCUAUUUUGGCAAUGCCAGAGUCCCCACGAUGGCUGUCUCAACAAGGCCGCAUGCAGGAAGCGCGAAGCACCCUUGCCGCGCUGAAGGGGCUCUCAGACGAUGACGCGAGCAUAAUUGAUGAAUUAUCCGCAAUCGAACGGUCUUUGGAACAGUCCGGCCGCACCGCGGCAUCGCUUGGUGAUAUGCUCAAGAUGGGACAGGACCGACUUCUCUAUCGCUUUUGCUUGUGUAUCUUGUUGCAAUUUUAUCAACAAAUGUCUGGGGGUAACCUGAUAUCCGUCUAUUCCACGGUCAUCUUCCAGGAGGGUCUUCGCAUGGACUCUGAGACAUCUCGAAUCCUAUCUGGAGGUACUUUGACCUGGAAGCUUCUCUCCUGCUUUGCUGGCUUCUUUGCCAUCGAUCGAUUUGGACGACGGUUUGUGCUCAUGGUGAGCGGCACAGGAAUGGCGACUUGCAUGAUGGGGCUCGCCGUCGCGACAUCGUUUCCACAUUCGAAUUUUGGCGCACAAGUCUCCAGUGUCUUCUUCAUUUUCUUAUUUAAUUUCUUCAUCCCGAUUGGUUUCUUAGGUGCCAAUUUCCUUUACUGUACCGAGGUUGCGCCCACGAAGCUGAGAGUAGCCAUGUCGAGUAUAUCCACCGCUAACCAUUGGCUGUGGAACUUCGCUGUCACGAUGAUUACCCCCGUAGCGAUCAACACAAUCGGGUAUCAAUACUACAUUGUGUUUACCUGUAUUGGAUUCUGCAUCCCGAUCUCCGUCUACUUCUUUUAUCCCGAGACCAUGGGUAGAUCGCUCGAAGAAAUUGACCUCAUUUUUCGGAAUAGUCCGUCGGUCUUUUCCACUGUCCGGUAUGCGAGGGAAAAUCCUCACCUGGCACUGGAGCACGUCUUGGAGCAUGAGAAGGGGGAGAUCAGGCACGAAGAAAAUGUAGAAGAGAGUCUUGGACGAUCCAUUCCCAAUCUUGGCCAGGUCAUUCAGUGCGGCCUCAGGCGUGAAGCUAUGGAUGCCUGGGUCCACCAUAAAACCCCCACGCCGGAAUAG